AUGGCUGGAGGAUCCUGGCUUGGCGCUUUGAUUUCCGGGAUCUUGUCUGAUCGUCUUGGAAGGAGGACGUCUAUCAUGGUGGGAUGUCUUAUUUGGAAAGGGCCAUCGGACCUAUCCUCGUCUGCGCCUCGCAGAAUAUCGGUCGGCAUGCUCAUCGAGGGACGUAUCGUCAACGGUCUCGUUGGUAUCGAGUCAGCUCAGGUCUCAGUCUACGUCCCCGAGCUGGCACCACCAUCGAAACGAAGUCGCUUUGUAGGAGCUCAGCAAUGGCCUAUUUACUCACCUCGCUGGCUCGCCCGCAAGGACCGCUGGGAAGAAUGCCACUCCAUGCUCAGUCUCGUCCACGGAAAAUGGAAUCCGCGCAGUCCAUUUGUAACGCUUGAGCUCGAAGACAUCGGGAACAUGUGCGAGUUCGAUCGGGCCAAUAAAGACGUCACAUAUUUAGGUCCGUUCAAACCUGCCAUGCCGAACCGAACUACCAUUGCUGUCUUCACGCAAAUCCGGAGUCAACUCACGGGAAUGAAUGUGAUGAUGUAUUAUAUCUGUGUUUGGAAUGGCUGGCUACUCAGGCAACGCCAACCUCUUCGCCUCCUCCAUACGUUACGUAAUAAACGUCGUGAUCAUCCCAGCACUAAUCUACGUGACCGACGGGGACGACGACGCACCCUGCUUAUCGGCGCUGCACUCAUGGGUACCUGGAUGUUCGCCAACGCAGGUAUUCUUGGAGGCCAAGGCGUCGUUGUCCCCGGCGGCGUUGACGCCAUCGCUCAGGAAUCGAUGAGGCUCACUGGCGCUGCGGCAAAGGACUCAUUGCUUGCAUAUACCUUUGCUCUCGCGACUUCGAGUAACUGGGCGUUCAACCUCGCUCUCGGACUCUUCACCUCUCCCACCGUCGUAAACAUAAAGUGGAACGUGUAUCUCAUAUUCGGUAUCUUCAAUGUAGCAAUGUUCAUCCAUGUUUUCUUUCUGUUCCCUGAGACCUCUGGCAAGACGCCGGAGGAGACGGAGAAUAUGUUUGAGGAUCCGAAUGGGCCGAGGCAUACUGGGACGUUGGCAUGGAAGACGAGGCUUGAUCGCCAUGCGUCGAUACUCAAGAUGGCACUUGCCACCAAACAAAACUUCUUCGACGGUCGACUUGGAUGGCAUUCAAGAGAAGACAAAGCAGAAGUGGCAGAAAUAUAA